GGGAGGAUGGGAUGUAGUGAAUGAACUGUUGCAGAGUUUGUCGUCGCCGUAUCCUGUUCUGGCGAUCGAAAUUGUGGAAUUACGGAAAUGUGUGGCCGAAAUGAUUGAGAGCAUCACAAAUCGACGUGUGAGUGUGGCACAGCCGACAUCCCUACAGAAAUUAGAUGAAGAAACGAGCCAAAACGAGCUGCAACUGCAAUUAAAGAGAAAGGGAGUUUUUGAUAAUCUGCGAAGACUGGAAGCCGAAGGAAAGUUAAAGCGAACUCAGGAAAGGAAAGAACGGACCGAGAAAAGCAUGGAGGAAAUAGAGCGAAGAAUGAAGAAGAUUCAGGAGCUGCGUUCUAAACCGGGCUCGACAUAA